AUCUUUCCUUAGCAUAUGAAGUGGCUGGUCGAUUGUAGUGAUGUAGCACAUGAAACCGACACCGUUUCAUGCCUGCACGGCGUCGUUUUAUAUAUGGGGUUAUUGUCAACGGUGCAUGCCACUUGGCCACUCAUGAAUCAUGAUGUACACCUGUUGGCUUCCAAAGCCUUCAAGAAGCUACAAUGGGCACAGCCUGGACCGACUUCCAUUUUUAUUCGAGUCAUUCAGACUUUGAGGGUUUAUGAGAUGGGUGACUUUGGAGAUGAGCCAUGGACAAUGGUGCAGAAAAAAGGGAACCAAUUUGUGGUUAAUGAUAAGCCUUUUUAUGUGAACGGGUUCAACACUUACUGGUUGAUGGUAUUUGCUGUGGAUCAAUCCACAAGGGGGAAGGUCAGUGAGGUGUUUCAACAAGCAGCCUCUGUGGGCUUAACUGUGUGCAGGACCUGGGCUUUCAAUGAUGGCCAGUGGAGAGCUCUUCAGAAGUCCCCCUCUGUUUAUGAUGAAGAGGUGUUCAAGGCCCUGGAUUUUGUUGUGAGUGAAGCAAGGAAGUACAAAAUCAGGCUUAUAUUGUCAUUAAGCAACAAUUGGGAAGGAUAUGGUGGCAAAGCACAGUAUGUCAAAUGGGGAAAAGAGGCUGGCCUGAAUUUAACCUCUGAUGACGACUUCUUCUCUCAUCCUACUCUCAGAAGCUACUACAAAGCCAAUGUUAAGACGGUUCUCAAUAGAGUCAAUACAUUCACAAAUAUCACUUACAAGGAGGACCCAACAAUAUUUGCUUGGGAACUGAUGAAUGAGCCACGAUGUACUUCAGAUCCUACAGGGGAUAAACUGCAGUCAUGGAUACAAGAGAUGGUGAUCUAUGUGAAGAGUAUGGAUCCAAAGCACUUGCUGGAGAUAGGAUUGGAAGGAUUUUAUGGUCCUUCAACACCAGAUAAAGUUCAAUUCAACCCGAAUACAUAUGCUCAACAAGUUGGAACUGACUUUAUCAGAAACCAUCAGGUUCUUGGUGUCGAUUUUGCUUCAGUUCACAUUUAUACAGACUCUUGGAUUUCUCAAUCGAUCACUGAGGCCCAUCUCGACUUCACCAAAUCAUGGAUGCAAGCCCACAUAGAGGACAGUGAGAAGUACCUGGGAAUGCCCGUUGUGUUUGGUGAGUUUGGUGUAUCUUCAAAAGACAAUGGCUACAACUCAUCAUUCCGCGACACCUUCAUCAGCACAGUGUACAAGAUCCUCCUGAAUUCUACCAAGAAGGGAGGGAGCGGAGCUGGGAGCCUCUUGUGGCAGCUGUUCCCUGAUGGAGCAGACUACAUGGACGACGGGUAUGCCAUUGUUCUCUCCAAGUCUCCUUCAACUUCAAAUGUCAUCGCUCUUCAGUCCACAAGGCUGAUGAUGUUCAACUCCAUGUGUGCCUGGAACUGCCGCUGGAGUUGCCAUAAGAAGCACCCUUUGGAUGCAUUUCUCUUCCAUGAUGAUCUCUAGAGCCCAUAUAUAAGAAAGACAAGUCCAAUUUCAUGGAAAUGAAGAUCGAUCAAUAUCUAUGAUCAUAAUACUUGUGUGUAUCUCUGUAUAAUUAUGCAUGUUGGUCUGUCUAUGAACAUAAAAAUGGGUUAUACCCAAUUGCAGAUUGAUGUUUACAGUUAAGAGUUUGGUUUGUGAUUAAGAAAGAGUCUAUUGCCCAGUUUGAUGGUA